CCAAGCGUGCAGCUGGACCCUUCUCCAAGGAUCGGGGAUCCACAGGGAGGGACAUAAUUGUCAUGUUGUGUUUAUGCAAUCUGGCAAUUUCAUGCUGUGCGAUAUUUAGCCUACAACCAGUCUGACGUGCAGCUUUCACUUUGCUGACUAAAACAAAUGAGCUGGUAAUCUAACCGGGCGGUGGAUGUGUAGCCUCGCCGCGUCGGUGUGUGUAGCCUACUCGGCGUGUGAUGCUGUGCACUUGCCGUCGAUGUCUAUCACUCCAACGCGACGUGGCAGAUUUCCGCAGCCACGGUGGAGUCUGUAUGAUAUUGUUUACCUACUUGGACACUACUCAUGUUUGGAAUAAAUCUAAAGAAAGCGAGCACGUUGUUUCCCGGUGCGUACGGGACUGUGGUCUAAUCUGUACGGAGACAGCGUACCCGCCGGUCGCUCAGGAACGAGCUGAGCAUAGCGGGAGUCCGACGGAGCGGCCCUCUGAUUGGUCGAGCGGUUGGAAAGGGGCGGGUCUAACAUCCCCCAUCCCAUCUCCCUGCUCUCCCCUCCUCCUGCCUGCCAACAGACCGAGGAGACAAUAGCUAGGAGAACAGCGCUCAAGGGGACCCUGCUGCGAAAUGCCAAGAGGCAGCCCGAAUACACCUCGACAGUGGUGGUUCAGUGUCGCGCGGAGUGAGCAGGACGCGUCCACGGUUGUCGGUUCCAUCCCCAGCUCCUCCGGGGUAGUAUGCCGUCGUGUCAGCCGCUCUGUUUAUCACCUGCACGGCUUAAUGGGCCGGACCUCCAGAGCCCUCGGAUGUGGACGGAGUGAAUGAGGUACAAAGAUGGCGCUGAAGUUCCUGAAGAAGAAGACGACGAAGCUGAAGUCCUUCCUGCGGGAGUACAGCGUGUCGCUCUACCUGUCGCCAUGCCCCUUCGUCAUCAACAUGUUCGGCAUCGCAUUCGAGACGGACGACUACUACGCCUUCGCCCAGGAGUACGCCCUGGCCGGGGACCUGUUCGACAUCAUCCCCCCACAGGUGGGUCUGCCGGAGGUGGUGGCUAAGCGUUGUGUGCACCAGGUGGCCAUCGCUCUGGACUACCUGCACGGCAAGAAGCUGGUCCACCGGGACAUCAAGCCCGAGAACGUCCUCAUCUUCGACCGGGAGUGCCGCAAGGUCAAGCUGUCCGACUUCGGCAUGACCCGCCGGGCUGGCUCCCCCGUCAAGCGGGUGAGCGGAACCAUCCCCUACACCGCGCCGGAGCUGUGCGACAUGUCUCGCCACGAGGGCUUCUGCGUGGACUACAGCACCGACGUGUGGGCCUUCGGCGUGCUCCUCUUCUGCAUGCUGACGGGCAACUUCCCCUGGGAGAAGGCGCUGCCCUCAGACUCCUUCUACCAGGAGUUUGUGCGCUGGCAGCAGCGCCGUCGCAUCUCCGCCCUCUCCAUCUCCCUCUCCUCCUCCUCCUCCUCCUCCUCUUCCUCCGUGCCGUCCCAGUGGCGGCGGUUCACCGAGCAGGCGCUCCGCAUGUUCCGCCGGCUCCUGGCGGUGGAGCACGAGCGCCGCUGCUCCGUCAAGGAGGUGUUCGCCUACUUCAGCCACUCCUGGAUGCUGGACAGCGACAGCAACAACAACAACCACCACAACGUCAACGUCAACAACAGCAGCAGCCACGGCAACAGCAGCAGCAGCAGCAGCAGCAGCAACGGCAGCCGCGGCCACGCCCACGCCCACGGCAACGGCCAUAGCAACGGGGUGGUGGUGGUGGUGGGGGGGACGGGCAAAGCGGUCGGAGGUCACGGAGGGAGCGGGGAGGGGGAGGGGGAGAGGGAGAGGGGAAGGGGGGGCGCCAUCUCGUCCGCCUCUUCGUCAGGGGAGGAGGAGGAGGAGGUGCUGGUGGAGAGGAUGAGGCAGCAGACCCUCUCCCCGCUCUCCCCCCUCUCCCCGCUCUCCCCCGCGGUGACGGUGGACAGAGGAGGAGGAGGCAACCUGGGGCCCAAGGGUGUGGCGAUGGAGCCUGGAGGAGGUGGAGGUGGAGGUGGAGGAGGAGGAGGAGGAGGAGGACACCACCACUUUGUGUCCGUGUCCACCAACAGCUCCGUGUCGUCCACCAACAGCUACGAGCGCGUCCCGCGGGAGAACGGCUCACCGGGCGGACACAUGCUGGUCACCACGCCCAUUGAGAUCUGUGUCUGACGAGUCGACACACACACACCACACACAUGCACACACACACACACACACCGAAACAUCACACACCCACACAAACCACAGAAUCACAGACACACACACAGACAAAGAUAAACACUCACACCACAAACACACUCACCACACGCCUACACGUGAUGCAAACUUUUAUACCACUUCCGAACCCCUUGCAUGUACUCAAAUGAUUGCAUGUCAGCACAAACAAACACACAAACAAAGAAAGCCGACACACAUGAACACAUGGAUGACCAAUACCUUCACAAGAAGUACGGAAGUAAUUUGAAGGAUGAAUGGAUGAAGGUUGUGAUACCUGAUGAACACCAAGCGAGCUGUCCUUUGUCUACUUUGAGAAGCAAACAGUGACGUCGCUGGCGUUGACUGAGUUUCCUCCACAUAAUGAACUGCACUAGUAAGGAAAGGGACACACCAGCGGGUCUCUGGGAGCGCUAAGGAUGUUUCUCUUCAGCCAAUACGCUCGGGAAACACAAGAGAAUCGAACGACUCCAAUUCGCUUCCAUUGAAAAAUUCUGCAACAAAAAAAUGUGUUGGGGGGGGGGGAAAAAAAGACCAAAUCGUGUUUCCUAAAGCAAUAUUUUAAGCAAAAAAAAAGAAUAAUAAUAAUUAAACGAAGACAUUGAUGGGGAUGCGAGGAGGUGUCGUUUUGAAGAAGCCACGUGUCGCCCAGACAUUCUGUUCGUUAGUCUCUGUUAAGCUAUAAACUCCAACUUGGCUUCAGUGAAAACUGGGGUUUCAACAUUCAACACAUUUAACAAUAUAUAUAUAUAUAUAUAAACAGUAUAUAUAUACAUAUAAAUAAAUAUCGCCGUUCAUUGAGUAUGAAUGAUUCAAAAUGGUGUGCGUGUUUCUCUUAAUUCCAGAUCCUUAUUUAUUUUAAAACAAUCGUACAAUUUCCAAAUUCUAUUUUUGUUCAGCUACCAGCUUUGUAGAGCAGCUUGUGUUGACUUCCUGUCUUUGUUAUUUGGCGGGUGUAUUUGGCGUGUGCCAACAUGGUGUACAAUAGUUUGGUUUGUUUCUGUACAUACUUGAACCUCUUGGAUGUACACAUCACAUUGGGGGUGCUAAAGGCGUGGGUUAGGGAGCAGAGGGGGGAAAGGGGGCAGAGGAGUGAGAUCAAGAAGGAGGAGGUGAACAGUUGGCUGAACCGUGUCCGCUCCUAACGCGGUCAACAGGCUCAUGACGACUUUGUUUCUGCUUCUCGGACUCAAACAUAUCUACUUCAUGAAUCCACUUCAUGGAUCUAGUUCAUGAAUGUACUUCAUGGAUCUACUUCAUGAAUGUACUUUAUGGAUCUAAUCCAUGAAUUUACUUUAUGGAUCUACAGUACUUCAUGGAUAUAUUUUGUGGAUCUGCUUCAUGGAUCUACUUCAUGGAUCUACUUCAUGAAUGUACUUCAUGGAUCUACUUCAUGGAUCUGCUUCAUGAUUCUACUUAAAGGAUCCUCUUCAUGAUUCCACUUCAUGAAUAUACUUAAUGGAUCUACUUCAUGGAUCUACGUGGUGGAUCUACUUCCCUGAUCUACUUCAUGGUUGAACGGCUGCUCUCUCCACAUGACCACGUCUGGUCAUUUUAUGUUUGUACAGAUUGUCCUUUUUUUCAUGUUCAUGGAAGUAUUAUCUGAGAGAAAAUAUAAAUUUAAGGAAAUGCUAGUUUAGCAAUUAUGAUUUAACUUGAAAAAAACAACAACUCUUUGAAGAUGUACUUUUUCUUUUUACAUAAAUGUGCAUGAUAAUUGACUCCAGAUCUGAACUGACCAAACUAAAAAACAUUAAGAAAAACAAACAAAACCGAGAAAAAAAAGAAAACUGUACAAUAUUGUGAUGUGGAAUUUUGCCGUAGCACAAUUACAUUAUUUUAAUGUUACAUGACUGUCCUGACUGAUAAUAACUGUUAUGGUAUACUGGGACAGCGUAGUGCUAAAAAAAGACUUCAACAGCUAAUUAGUUUGGGUCCAAUGUGAUGUAUUUGUACGCUCUUAAUGUUGUGUGUUCAUUUCAACACCUGCGGGAAGAGGAAAACAUUUCUUUAGGCUAAGCAUGAAAGAAAUUGUGUAUGGCGCGUAGUAGGUACUAUAAAAACAUGGCACUAGUUUUUAAUUUCCACAUUUCGAGGAGCUAUAGCUGUAGAUCCAGUUUUCAAAGUAAAGAGAUUUCCCUGAAUCACGACAGUGAAAAUGCCGUAGUGGACAAUUCCAUGGCUUUGGAAAAAAUAAAAGUCCUGCCAUGCUUUGGUUUUAUCCAUGCUAUUCAACGAAAUGCAGAGGACUUUUACUUUGAAAACCGAAAGUCGUACCUGUGAUAAUAGGCAAGAACCACAUGUUGCAAUUUCCAGAAAUUAUUUGCAUGAAGGUGUAUGUUCUAAAGCUCUAUUUAUAAAAAAAAAAAAUGCUGCUAAGCUACACAGCACAGUAGGUCACUCCUUACUGUGUAGUUCAAAGAGGCUCAUAGAAAUACAUUAUUAUGUUAUGGCAGGUUGAAAGCAUAGGAAACGCCAAAAUAGUUAUCAAAAGGUUUUGGACCUAGGCUUCAAGGGUCCACAACGAGGACGGUGUUCACAGAACGUAGCCAGAGAUCGAGUAUGCUAAUGGAGGGUACAUCUUGUGACAAUCUAUGACCUCAUGGACUGCGCCCUCACUCACAACAAUGGCCCACUGUGCUACCAAAACAAAACAAGAAACAGUCUAUGCUUUUUUUUAGAAGUUCUACAUUCAUGGUGUUGUUGGCUAGUAACGGGUACACAAACCCGCUCACAUGCCAGAUACACCUGUGGCGACGGUUUCAACCGGCAAGGAACAGGCCUACAGUCACACACAUAGCUGCAGUUUUUGCAGCCAGCAAAGCUCAUUGAGACGAAUACAUACAAGGCAAAAUGGAGAUCUUUCUUGACUGUAUAUUACCAUAGUUUCAUAUGAUCAUAGAUGUACCAGAUUGCCGCCCUCCCCCCUGAAAAGGCCACCAUUCUUAGAAAUGGUGUAGUCCGAAUCCUACGUCUGUGUUGUGACCACUCAGAAGUCACUAGUUGCCCAAACUGCCAUCAAACUGACUCAACUACGACUUCACCAAGUAGGAUUUGUCCUAGCCUCCUUUAAAUUAUUUUUAAAAAGUACUUAACCCUUUAACUGAACUGGAGUUAAAAGUCUUCAGUUUCUCUGCGUCACUUCCUUACAUCAACGAAUGCAUCGGUUGAUUGGUUAUCAGCUGAUCAGGUCUUGACUUUCUACCCCUUCAUCUUCUCAUCAGGCUUCUUGUUUUGCACAUAUGGUGCUCCUCACUCGGUAGGGGAUUCAACAGAUGAGAGCGGCUAUGUUUUCUUUAAAUGCAUCGAGGACCCAUCAUACAGCAGCGUGCAAACUUAAAGAAAAAUGCACUUUUGGAUACUCCAAUAUAACCGGUCGAGGUAACUUCACUUAUAGUCCAGUAGGUUUUAUGUGUACUUUAAGUACUUUGGUUGUGUAGCCUACUUCGUCCACUUCCACCAUGAUGUAAUGUGUUGCAAACUGUAAUCUGUGUUUUUUUUGUCCAGUGACUUAUUUUGAAGCCAUCCUAAUUAUUUUAGUUAAGUGGAGUUUUAGGUAGUAGAAGAAAACACCACCAGAACUCAUAUCCGGUUCUGUCUUUGCAAUACAACCGUCUUCCUGUUAAGUCCCAUUUAGUCAACAAUAAAAACACAAAAUAUAAAAA